ACUUUCCACCAGCACAACAGAGAGAUCCACACCCAGCUCGAACGCGGUGCUCAGCUAAUCGUGGUUGGAAUUAGCGUGCACGAAUCUGUCUGAUAAGCCCAUUGUGUUUUCGCGUUUGUUGUGUUCUCGUUCGCUGCUGUUUCGCCUGUCUGUCCGGUGCUGUAGUAGAAGAAGAACGUUCCAUUUAUGGCGCCAUGGGGAUGUCAACUGAUCUGAAGCACAGGGGAAAUAGCCAUAGAAAUGUGUCGAUAAUUUUGCUGUUAGCUGCCGGAUUAGCCGUUGCCUUAACUAAUGGCCAAGAUGCGAGAUCCCCCGGUAAACCGCACGUCAUCAUCAUAAUGGCUGAUGAUUUGGGCUUUGACGAUGUAAGCUUUCGUGGCUCCAAUAACUUUCUCACGCCCAAUAUCGAUGCCUUGGCAUAUAGCGGCGUGAUUCUCAACAAUCUGUACACCGCCUCCAUGUGCACGCCGAGCAGGUCUGCUCUUCUCACUGGGAAAUAUCCCAUUAAUACAGGCAUGCAGCACUAUGUGAUCGUGAAUGAUCAGCCUUGGGGUCUGCCACAAAAGGAGAAGACAAUGGCGGAGAUCUUCCGGGAGAACGGCUACUACACCAGUCUCCUGGGCAAGUGGCAUCUGGGCAUGUCACAGCGCAAUUUUACGCCCACGCAGCGUGGCUUCGACCAUCAUCUGGGCUACUUGGGUGCAUAUGUGGACUACUACGACCAGACCUACCAGCAGAAUGGAAAGAACUACACGAGAGGGCAUGAUUUCCGCCUGAAUCUGAACGUCACCCACGACCAGGUGGGGCACUACGUGACCGACGUGCUCAGCGACGCAGCCGUCCAGCUGAUUGAGCAGCACAGCAGCAGGAACAGCAGCCAGCCGCUCUUCCUGCUCCUCAGUCACCUGGCUCCGCAUGCGGCCAACGACGACGAUCCCAUGCAGGCCCCCGCCGAGGAGCUGGCCAAGUUCGAGUACAUCCGAAACGAGACCCAUCGCUACUACGCCGCCAUGGUCUCACGGCUGGACAGGAGUGUGGGGCAAGUCAUCGAUGCCCUAGCCCGCCAGCAGAUGCUGCAGGACAGCAUUGUCCUCUUCCUGUCGGACAACGGCGGACCCACUGUGGGAGAGCACUCGACGACGGCCUCGAACUAUCCCCUGCGAGGCCAAAAGAACUCUCCCUGGGAGGGAGGUCUGAGAUCCUCUGCGGCCAUAUGGAGCACUGAGUUCGAGCGACUGGGCACCGUGUGGAAGCAGCAGACCUACAUUGGCGAUCUACUGCCGACACUCGCCGCUGCGGCGGGCAUAACACCAGAUCCAGACCUGCACUUGGACGGGAUGAAUCUCUGGCCGGCCCUGAAGUAUGGCUACGAGUCGUUGGAGCGAGAGAUUGUCCACACCAUUGACACGAAUCCAGCGUCACCCUAUCUGUCCUACACACGCGGCAAGUGGAAGGUUGUGAAUGGCACCACCAACGCGGCCCUCUUCGAUGGCUGGCUGGGCGAGCGGUUAACACAAGAGGUGGAUCCACGAUCGGCCAACUAUGAGGAGCUGAUCCGCAACACCAGCGUCUGGCAGCACCUCCAACUGCUGAUGGGGAGCCAGAGUGAGCGCAACAUCAGCAGUCUCCGGCAGCAGGCACAGAUCGAGUGUCCGGAGUCCUCCGCCGCGACCAAGCCGUGUCUGCCGCUGCUGGCCCCCUGUCUCUUCGACAUCGAUGCGGAUCCCUGCGAGCGCAACAACCUGUACGAGGAGUACCGUAACUCUACCAUCCUCCUGGACUUGCUGCAACGCAUCGAGCAGUUCGCCCGACAGGCGCAUGCUCCGAACAAUAAGCCCGAGGAUCCGCAAUGCGAUCCGCGCUUUUACCACAACGAGUGGACCUGGUGGCAGGACGAACAGGCCUCGGGGGCAGGACGACUAAGCUCUAUUCUGAUAGUAUUUGUAUGCUUUUGGUGGAUAUUUUAAGUUGGGUAAACUAGACAUUUCCCACACAUUUCCGCAGACAUCUGGCCCGAAAGUAUGCUCCCGAAAACCAAUCCCAACUCCGAUAAGAAAUGUCGAAACUUUGAAACAGAAACAUAACUUUUCUUUUGCAACAAACAGUCGAACAUUUGGACCCGAAAGGUCCAACUAAAUGAUUAGUUGGAACCAUUAAUGGUUCUGAGUAAUGUCUAGAUGGUAAUCAUUUAGAUUAUGUGCCUAUCUUAUCGAUGGGCCCAUCGCUUCCGUGAACUGUGAUAGCUGCAAAACCCCCGUCAACAUAUGCAUACACAAGACAUAAAUCGAUCGAAAGAUCAUUAAAAACUAAUCACAGUCUAUCAUGUAUGACUUUAACAAGUGCUUGAAAGGAUUUGGUGGGUCAUAGAAAACCUUUUUCUUAUUUGUCUGGCUACUAGAAAACGUUCCAAGAAGGUACCGAUAAGAUCAUAGAUCUGCUCGCUUCUAUGAUUAUCUUUUCCCAGUAGUAUUUUCGGAGUUACUCGUUAUCAAUGUUAUUGUUAUCCCAGUCAUAAAUUAGACAA